UCUCGGGGGCGGGGCGUGCGAGCCAGGACUGGGGCGAGAGGCGUUUGUUUGUGCGCCCCCCCCUGCCCGUCUCUCGCUCGCUGGCUCCCUGCGAGGGGGCGCGAGAGGGGCUGAGGCGGCGGGGCCGGGACGGGGACAAUGGCGGCGUCUCCUCCGAGCCCGCGGCGGCGGGGGCCCUGCGCUACUCUGGUCCGCUGGGCGACUUCGGCGGCGGCGGCCGGGCAGCUGCUGCUCCUGCUGCUCCUCCCUGAGGCGACAACGGCUCUACAGUGUUUUUGUCUUGUUUGUACAAAAGAGAACUUUACAUGCACAACAGAUGGACUUUGCUUUACGUCUGUAACACGGAACGGAGACAAAAUCACACGCAAUAGUAUGUGUGUGGCACAAGUUGAUCUGAUUCCCAGAGAUAGGCCAUUUAUUUGUGCCCCCUCAACAAGUGAAGGAGUUAUUACUGUGCCACAUUGCUGUGAUAGAGACUUCUGCAAUAAAAUAGACCUACCGAUUCCAACCCCAGGUCCCCUCCCAAGAAAGCUGCCUUCUAAUUUAGGACCAGUAGAAUUGGCUGCUGUCAUUGCUGGACCUGUUUGUUUUGUUUGCAUUUCACUUAUGUUGAUUUUGUAUAUCUGCCAUAACCGUGCCGUCAUACACCAUCGUGUUCCAAGUGAAGAAGAUCCUUCUAUGGAUCGUCCUCCAUUUAUAUCUGAGGGAACAACUUUAAAAGAUUUAAUUUAUGACAUGACGACUUCAGGCUCAGGUUCAGGUUUACCUUUACUUGUUCAAAGAACAAUUGCAAGAACAAUUGUACUUCAGGAAAGUAUUGGAAAGGGUCGAUUUGGAGAAGUCUGGCGUGGAAAAUGGAGAGGAGAAGAAGUUGCAGUGAAAAUUUUCUCCUCAAGAGAAGAACGUUCAUGGUUUCGUGAAGCAGAAAUCUACCAAACCGUUAUGUUACGUCAUGAAAAUAUUCUUGGGUUCAUAGCUGCAGACAAUAAAGAUAAUGGUACAUGGACACAGCUGUGGCUGGUGUCAGAUUAUCAUGAGCAUGGCUCUCUUUUCGAUUACCUAAACAGGUAUACCGUUACUGUGGAAGGAAUGAUAAAACUAGCUUUGUCUACUGCCAGUGGACUUGCGCAUCUUCACAUGGAGAUUGUUGGUACUCAAGGAAAACCAGCUAUAGCUCAUAGAGACCUGAAAUCAAAGAACAUAUUAGUAAAGAAAAAUGGUACCUGUUGUAUUGCAGAUUUAGGCCUGGCAGUAAGACAUGAUUCAGCUACAGACACAAUAGAUAUUGCACCAAACCACAGGGUGGGAACAAAAAGGUACAUGGCUCCUGAAGUACUUGAUGAUUCCAUAAACAUGAAGCAUUUUGAGUCUUUCAAAAGAGCAGAUAUUUAUGCAAUGGGAUUAGUUUUCUGGGAAAUAGCUCGACGAUGUUCAAUUGGUGGAAUUCAUGAAGAUUACCAAUUGCCAUAUUAUGACCUGGUCCCUUCUGAUCCUUCAGUUGAAGAAAUGAGGAAAGUUGUUUGUGAACAGAAACUUCGACCCAAUAUUCCAAACCGAUGGCAGAGCUGUGAGGCCUUGCGAGUAAUGGCCAAAAUUAUGCGGGAAUGUUGGUAUGCUAAUGGUGCAGCGAGGCUAACAGCUUUACGCAUAAAGAAAACACUGUCACAGCUCAGUCAGCAAGAAGGCAUAAAAAUGUAAUCUUGGAGGUGUUACUGAAGGAAACUUUUAAAGAAACAUAUCUGCGCCUAAUUUGUGCGUUAAGAAGGCUAAUUGUUCUACCUCACUGGGGGAACAGAAGGAUCUUGCUGCCUUUUAUACAAAAUAGGAAGAUCAGUUAUUAGCCCAGGAUUUCUACAGAUUCAGUAAAACUUUGUACAGCUCCCUACCUUGCACUACGGACACCUCUUUCCCAGGACACUGUUUAGCUUCAGUAAAACAAAAAUUGGUUUUCCAAGGAUUAACGCUGGUCCCUGUUUUGUUGAGAACAUGAAGAUGAUUCUGGUGCACACUGUUGCAUUGAAGGAUAUCUUGAAAGUUUUUAAAGCUAUUUGCUUUGUCCAUGAUGGCACACUGUAUAUUCUGAACCACUCUUGGCUUGUUCUUAUCAGAUUGUGUAGUUUUUUGGCUACUAGGACACUUACUAUUGGACGUAUUUAUCAGGAUUCGCAGACAUUACCUCAUUCACUCUGGAAGAACAUAUACAACAUAUGCAGUUAUAUUUUGUAUUUCUGUUAUUUUUCUUCAGAACAUUACAUGCCUUCAAAAUAGAUUGUACUGUACCAGGAAGUGCCACUUUUCAAUUUUUGUAAUGCACUUCUAUAGGUAUAUGCAAAGCCUUUGGUGCUUGUAGAAUGACAAAAUAUAUCUUAAAGGGAAUUUUAUACUACAUUUGGGAUUCUUUUUACCAAAACCUCUUAAUUCUGAAGAGUAGGAAUUUUAAGUACAGUAUAUAAAUUAAUUCUGUGCUGUUAUUAAAGUUGUGGUGUCAAAACUGUUUAGUCAUGAAUUAUGGUGUCAAAAGUGGCACUUAACUUUUAAUGACCCAUAAAGAGUACUUCAAGAUUCUUUAAAAAAUUGAUAUGAGGGCUUAAUCCGAGAAAAUAAAUUUUAGCACUCUAAUGCUAUCUGGGGCAGGGGAUUUUAUUUCUGCACAGACCCUUAUCCACUCAAAGAACAGUACUCUUUACUAAAGUGUCACCUGUUUCCCUGCUUCUCGAAGGGUUAUCCAUGUGUAAAAACAUUGCAUUUGGGUAGCCUUGUUGUAUGCAGUCCUUGUGUGCAAAACAGUGGACUUUUCCUAGCAUCUGUAGCUGUUCUGUGAUCUUGCUGGUCAGGUCAGGAUGUGCUUUCUUAACAGAUAGUUGGCACUAUUGGCUCUCACCUCACCAAUUGUAUAUAUCUGGAGAUGUGCAAGGACUGAAUCUAGGUCCCCACGCUCCUAAAAUGUGGUGCCAUUGGACUUCUCCAUGCAGGCCAACUCCUGUUUGGUGGCAAGAGCUUCACAUGUGGAAGUAUUUGCACAGCUUGUGGUUUGCCUUGAAAGUCACUGCUUUGAAACCUCCCAUCUGUUAAAAUUUGCUGCUGGAUGUAAAAUACCGUGUUACAUCUAGAAUACUGAAAAACUGCUGGCGUUUUAAGGUGUAUUUUGGGUUUCAUUUAUGUAAAUCUUACAUCUGGUGCACAAAUCAAAUUACUAUUAAUGUAUCUUCAAGGUAAACGGCGUUUCCAUGCGCUGCUCUGGUUUGCCAUAAGUGGCUGUCAUGCUGGCCACAUGACCCGGAAGCUGUACGCCGGCUCCCUCGGCCAGUAAAGCGAGAUGAGCGCUGCAACCCCAGAGUCGUCCACGACUGGACCUAAUGGUCAGGGGUCCCUUUACCUUUUAUCUUCAUAAAAGAUAAAAGAACCAUAAAAAACCAGUCUUUUUAAGAAAAUACUUUUGAUUUCCAUAUAAGUUAAAAUAAGCCAGCCAGCAAAAACUACCUGUUUAAGUUUGUCUUUCUUCAACUCAGACAUGAAUUAAAAGGUUCACCCACCUGCAAUUUUUUACAGGGAUGUAGAAUGAAAAUAAUAUUGGUUAGCUGUACUGGCAGCCCCCCUUUACGCAGGGGUUACUGUCCGAGGCAUUGUGCGCAUUGGUGAAAUUGCGUAUCAUUGAAACCCAUUGAAAAAGCCUGCAGCCAACUCAUUCCUCCCCCACCCACCCCAUUCCGCCCUUUUAGUGACAUUUCAGUGAUGUAUUUAUUACGUUUCCAGGUCACUUUCAGGUUCAGCAUGGUACAUGUCUCCACAGUCGCACAAAUACUGAAUGUGCGUAACUGGGGCGCUGCCUGCAUACCAGUUAUCAAUCAGUUUAAUUUCCCAUGAUUCACUCAUGCCAAAAUGAUUUUUCUAUUUUAGUCUAGAGAAAAUUAUGAGGUUAAUUUUUUAGCAGUUCUUAAAAUAGACGUUGCAGCAGGAAAAUUGUAUAUCAUGAAAAUUGUACUUUGUUAUUUGUGGCUUCAGCUGUGAUGAUAUAAUUUUAGUCAUGUUUUCCAUUGAUAAUUUGUCAAUGUCUUGCAAAUGAGUGCCUGUAUAUAUGUCACAUGUAGAUUAGGGAUGGGCAUAUCCUCUGAGGCUUCCCUCAGAUUGGUUCUGGAUUUCCCCAGUUCUGCCCCUAACAGAAAAACUUGUACAGAGCCAGUCUGAGUGGCCCAGCAUGGUUCACCUGUUCCCUUCCUUUGACUCUCUUAUCCUAUUGCCUCCCCGCUGCCACUGCCGCCACCAUCCCUCCCAACUUGCAAAGCACUUUCUUUUCUUUACCUUCAGGUAUGGAGUGGGAAUGGCACUUUUCUAUCCUCCUGAUUCACUUGCCUGUUUUAGGACUAAAAGCAGUGUCCCUUGGUAAUUAAUGUCCUAAUGGGCUAUAAGUUGCCAGUUCUUAACAGCCACUGUUUUCGGUUCUUAUGCCCUGCAAAGCACAUUAGAGUGCAUCUGUUAAGAGAUGUACAAAAACAUCACCUUCAUUUCCCAUUUUAAGGUAAAGCAAAGUGAUAGGUGGGGAAUGUGCUUUGGGGGCUGAAGGAACAGUGGGGAAGGAAGCUGGGAGCCAUUUGCUAACCUGGAUAAUGAUCUUAGAAAUCGGGGUGGAAGUCUUAAAAGCUUGCUUCUUUUUGGAGAUAAUUUUUUUAAGAAUUCAAAAAAUUGUUUCCAAUUUAAACUCCGAUUAGCAAUCACAACAUCUCUGAUAUGCAUCUUUUAAACAUCUAGGCAAAUAUUCAUAUAUUUUUUAAGUUUUUGUUUUGCUCUUGAGAGUCCAUGGGGACCAAAAUAUUUUGGCACUCAAAACAUUUGAAUGUUAUACCUUUAAAAAUCUGGUGAAAUUUUGAUGAAAGCUGUUAUGUAAUGUGUACUGCACAGUACAAAUUUAUUUAAUAAGGGUUUUUAUAAAGUUUUUUUUAAUAAAAAAAAUAGUAUUACAGUUCAGUUCUUGGACAUAUGAUCCAAUUGCUUACAAGACACAUCAAAGGAACAGUUGCAAGUCUUGUUACUCAGAUGUCUUGAGUGCUGUAACUUUAGGUACUCUUAAUCCUUAAGAGUUGGAGCUUUAUCAUAACGUUUUUAUUCGCCUUUUCAGAUUUUUGUAGCCUUUCACACCUUCAUGUCUUGUAAACCUAAAAAUACCUGUAUAUAUGAGAGUGGCAUAGUUUUGCAGAUAAAUACCUAGUAAGAGGCUAUUCUAGCAAAAUAACCAUCUGUCAGCUGAGUGCCAUGGAUCCACUUUUUAGUUAGCUUCUUGUUCAUACUGUGCCAUUAAAAUGGUUUGAAUGGUAUUUUUUAACAUAAAAACUUGCUUUAAACUUAAAUUACCUCUUAAAAAGACCAAGGUACAUUUACCUCAUUCUGUAUAUAAGGUUUACUAUUUUUUCAGAACAUUCUCAAGGUUGGCAAUUACAUGUCUCUUUAAAAUAUGAGUAUUAUAUGCAUAAACCUAAAACCUUGCUGGUUCUGAUACAAAGCUCUGUGCGUGCUCUUGAAGAUCUGCUAAUGUGAGUUUUCCUGUUUGCUUCAGAGAUGGAUUUACACUCAAGCGUCUGAUGCUGGUUUUGUAGGAGCUACAUGUGCACACUGGAGCAUCUGCAUGUUUAAACCAGCCCUGGAUCAAGCUGAUUGUAUAUUUUGUCUUGUGCCCAGAUUGCGCAUUUUUUUCUUUUGUAUUUUUUUGCAAAUAUGUUCUCUGUUUUGUUGAAAUAGCACCAACUCUUUCAGAGUUAUAUGGGUAAUGACACAUACAUUUUUACAUUUUGGAUGAUAAAUUUUGAGCAUCUGUACAAAUGUGUUACUUUCAAGCCUUACAGAAUUGUUCAUUGCCCCAUUCAUGCUUGAUAAUGUAUGUGCAGUAGAGUCUACGACAGAUUGUAAAUAGUCUAAGAAUGAUUAUUGUUAAGUGCUAACACUACAGUAGAAAAUAAUAAAAGCAAUUAUAGAUUUUCUUCUUAGUAGAUAA